AUGGACAACUCUUCCUCCUUUAUCUACUACAACGGCACUUUCUCUUUAGAGACAAUCCGGGCUCUGAAGGUCAUGUCUCCUCUGGGCGUCCUCAUCUGCCUCGGGGGGCUGGUGGGCAACGGCCUCGUCCUCGGCCUCCUCGUGUUCUCGGUCAAGUGGGGGGGCUUCACCGUCUUCAUCUUCCAUUUGUCACUGGCUGACUUUCUCUACCUUUUCUGUCAGACAGUGUGGUUUAUAGAAAUCAUAUUGGAUACCUUUCACGGCAUCUGGUUUGGUUGGAAGUACAAGUUUAUACUCAUAGGCACGUCCUACACGGCGGGGCUGUGCCUGCUGGCCGCCAUCAGCGUCGGGCGCUGCCUGUCUGCCCUGUGUCCCAUCUGGUGCCGGCUGCGCGCUCCCAGGCACGCGCCCGCCGCGCUGUGCUCCCUGGCCUGGGUCCUCUCCGUCUCAGUGAACGUGCACUUCCUCAUCUGUUUUGAUACUAACUUACGAGCUUGCUUGGUGCACAGAUUAUAUUCUGUUUUGCUCUGUGUUCUUUUUUCUGUAAGCGUCCUGUGCACUCUGGCUGUGCUGAUCAAGGUCAGGUGCAGCCGCCAGCUCCGCCUCCCCGACAAGUUUUACGUCACCAUGCUGCUGACUGUCCUGUUCCUCCUGUUCGCCUUCCCCCUUCCCAUCGCAGUAGUCUUCAUUCCUUUCCCUGACGUGACGUAUUUCAUAAGUCUGCUGCUGCUCGCCUCUGUGAACAGCAGCGCCAACCCUCUCGUCUAUUACUUUGCAGGGAGAAUCGGGGGGCGCAGGCAGGGGAGGAACUUCCGGGAGAUUUUCCAGAAGACGCUGGGGGAGGAGUCAAGUGUGAGAAAGGACACUUCCAGCGGGGCCGUCAGUAGUUCAGCGUGA